AACUGUCAACGUCACAAGUAUGAUUAUAGGAGGUUACGACAGAAAACUCUUUUGUUUUUAUUAAGUUUUGUGAACGAUUUUUGUAGUCAGUGUUUUAAUAUAAUUUUCAUUGAGUUUUCCUGCAUUCAAGCUUCAACCAUGCCUAAAAUCAAUCUUAAGGAUAAAGUUAAUGACAACGAACUGGAUUUGAGCAUGUGUGAUAUUCAAGACGUACCUGUGAAAAACAUUGCUGCUAUUAAGAGGGUCACAAUCGUGGAUCUAUCGAACAAUAAAAUUAUCUCAUUGCCGGAUACAUUUGCAACCUCUUUGGCCCGCCUAGUAAAGCUUGACCUUAGCCAGAACAACUUGCAAACGUUACCUGAUAACUUUGGAGAAUUAAAGAAUUUGCGCGAGCUGGAUCUUUAUAACAACAAACUCCAGCACUUACCACUGAGCCUAGGUCAAUGUAAAUUUCUUAAAUGGUUGGACUUAAAGAAUAAUCCUCUGGUUCCCGCAAUAAAUGAAAUAGCGGGACCAUGUUUAGAUUCGAAACAAUGCCAAUCAUGUGCAAAGAAAAUAGUCUCAUUUCUAACCAACAUGCAAGUUCAGUUAGAUAAAGAAGUGGAGAGGCGCAAUGCACAGAGGAAGCGUGAUUUGGAUAUAAGGGAGGCGCAGCAGUUGCAAAAUAAAAAGGGGCAGCAAAAAAAUACAAAGAAGGCUACAAAAGCAGAAAAAAAACAAAAAGAUUCUGAAGAUACUCAAAUCAGCAGUAGCGUCAAAAUGAAUGCUGGUAGUACACAAAAUGGCAGAAUCAAAGAAACCUAUUCCAAAAAGAAAUCAUUUUUAUCUCUCAUCUUUUUCUCCUUGCUGACCGUGUCAUUUGUCAGUUUCUUAGCUGGCUUUUUAUUACACAAAUACGAUAAACCCAAAUUUGCUAUUGCUCUGGGGUACAUUGAAAAUGCAUGGAAUUCUACUAAAACUUUAUUUGAGUUAGACGAAGAACUUAAUAAAGGCACAGGAGAAUCUAUUUCUAAAACGCGACAUAUUCUUCUUAAUAUACGAUCGGCGUACAACUUCACAGCGACAAAAGUCUUUGACUUCUACUCAAUUUAUUUGACCGAACAAAAUUUUUCUGAAAUUGGACGAGUGAUCUAUGAUGCAUUCAACUAUAUUUUUAAGUUGAUUGUUAAUUUUUGUUAAUAAAUUUAUAGAAGAUUUACCUGAAAUAAUAGAUGUGAUACAGAAGAGACUGC